AUGCGACCGCUUCCCCGCCUUGCGUGCGCAAUCGGCCGGCGACGGGCUGGAUUGCAUAGCUUACAACAAACUCACCCCGUUUUCGCUAUACAUACCUAUAAGAAUUUCACAUCACUCGGCUUCCGGCCAUCAUCUUCGAAUUUUAACCGCUCUGAUUUUACCAGUCAGCCAUAUACCGGCAGUUAUGAAGCUGGACUUCCUACAUCCGGUCCCCUGGGCUCGGCUCCGAGUUUCGGGGUCCCCAGAUUGACGCCCCGAGAGUUGAAACAGUAUCUCGAUCAGUUCGUAGUUGGCCAGGACAGAGCGAAGAAGAUCCUUAGUGUGGCUGUUUACAAUCACUACCAGCGCAUCAUGGACAUUCAGAGGCAGGAGGAGGCAGCCGCGGAGCGAAUGGCCAAAAGGGAAAGACGAGCGGCAACGGAAGCUCACCCUCUUGAGAGUGAAUUCCCCGGCCAGCAACGCACGAUUCAUAUGCCACCUCCACCAAAAGACUCUGAACACCAUUUAUCCGAGCAUCCCUCGUUGACUGAUGAAUCCUCCGUGCUGAUUGAAAAAUCAAAUAUAUUAUUACUUGGCCCCUCGGGGGUGGGCAAGACAUUGAUGGCCAAGACAUUGGCUCGUGUGUUGGAUGUCCCAUUUAGUAUGUCAGACUGCACGCCAUUCACGCAGGCUGGAUACAUCGGAGAGGAUGCCGAAGUGUGUGUGCAUCGAUUGCUCGCUGCUGCUAAUUACGAUGUGGAAACAGCUGAGCGGGGUAUUAUCUGUCUUGAUGAGGUCGACAAAAUAGCCACUGCUAGGGUUAGUCACGGCAAAGAUGUUAGCGGAGAAGGUGUACAACAGGCUCUUCUUAAGAUUAUCGAAGGAACCACAAUACAAGUUCAAGCGAAGCCAGAGAAACAGUCACAUCGGCAUACAACAGGCCCUUCCGGCCCCUUUAGUCCAGGGGGCAUGCCGGGCUCUGGAUUCUCUUCAAGUGGAUCCGGAUCAUCCUCGCCCUCCAAAGGAGAGGUGUACAAUGUGAGAACAGACAACAUCCUGUUUGUGUUCUCCGGUGCAUUUGUCGGGCUCAACAAAGUUGUGAUGGACCGUAUUUCCAAGGGCUCGAUUGGGUUUGGACAGCCCAUACGGGCAUCUUCUGCUGUGUCACCUGGAGAUGGCCGCUCACAACCUGGAAACAACGCGACACUCACGCCUGUUCUUCCAGGCUCCGACGAAGAAGCUCUGUACAAAAAGCACCUUCCUUUUUUCACGUCUGCAACCCUGCCUGGUGCAAACGAGGAACCCGUUUACUUCAACCCUCUUGACCUUCUCACACCCACUGAUCUCCAGAGUUUCGGAUUCAUUCCUGAGCUAGUUGGGCGUAUCCCCGUCACCACAGCUUUAUCUCCCUUGUCCCACACCCUCUUAGUACGCAUUCUCACUGAACCCCGCAACUCACUCGUCAGACAAUACGAGGCCCUUUUCGACCUUUCCGGGAUCAAACUGGGAUUCACCACCGCCGCACUACACAAAAUUGCCGCGAACGCCCUGUCCAUGGGAACUGGCGCGCGCGCCCUGCGCACCGAGCUCGAGACUAUUCUGUCUGACCCCAUGUUUGAAGCACCGGGAUCGUCGGUCAAGUUUGUCCUUGUGACUGAAAAAGUGGCGGAUCGGAAAGAAAAGCCCAUCUAUCUUGCCCGUGGCCAAGGAAGCCGUUUUCACUCCAUGAUUGCCGCCGAGGAAAGUGAAUGGGAGGCUAGGGUCCAGCGCAAGCCUUCUCCUGGUGGCAAUGAGAAUAAUGAGACGUCUAGCUUUGCAGAAUAUCGAAACCGGGCAUCGAACGGUAUGUAA